AUGGCUAAGAAGGCGCGCCAGAGGAUUAGCUAUGUCCUCGAGCUCCCGGCCGGUUCGCAAGGCGGCGGCCACAGACUAGGCGUCAAUGGCCUCGCCGUCGACAAAGAAAACGCCAUCCUCUACUCAGGAGCCCGCGAUGGCUACAUCUGUGCAUGGGACCUCAACCUCAACCUCCAGGGCGGCGGCAGCGCGCCCCCGCCUGCGACCAAGACCAAGACCACCUUCCGCUCUCAGACCCAGGCUCACAUGGCCUGGAUCAACGAUAUAGUCCUCGCGAACAAUAACUCGGCCGUCGUCACUGCCUCGAACGACUUGACCGUCAAGGUCUGGCGCCCACACUCCGAGACGAACGAAAUCGCUGCUACCAUCGGCGAGCACGCCGACUACGUCAAAUGUGUUGCGACACCGCCUGGCGGCUCCGUCAACUGGGUUGCUUCCGGUGGCUUCGACCGCAAGAUAUACCUGUGGGACCUGAACGGAGGUGGAAAGACGCUCGAGAUCGACACCCAGGGAGACGAGAUCGCCGAGAAGGGCUCCAUCUACGCUCUGAGCGUUGGCCACAACAUCAUGGCCAACGGCGGCCCCGAGUCCGUCGUGCGCCUCUGGGACCCGCGUUCCGGCAAGAGGGUCACCAAGUUUGUCGGCCACACGGACAAUGUUCGGGGCGUCUUGCUCAAUGAGGCUGGCGACAAGGUCUUGACCGCCAGCUCCGACCACACCAUCAAGCUCUGGAGCGUCACGGCUGGCCGUUGUAUGUACACGUUCACCAUGCACGACGACAGUGUCUGGUCGCUUUUCUCCGACGACCCCGAGCUGGGCACCUUCUACAGCAGUGACCGAUCCGGGUUCGUUGUCAAGACGGACGUGCGAGGAAGCCAGGAAGACAUGGACGAGGGAUUGUCGGUGGCUGUCGCCCACGAGUCUCACUCCAUCAGCAAGGUCGUGGCCGCCGGCGACUACAUCUGGACCGCGACCAACACCUCAUCCAUCAACCGCUGGUCCAACGUGGACACGGGGCCUAGCCUACAGCUCCCCGAGGCUUUCCGACGUCAGCGCGCCGCAUCCACAGCCUCAAGGUCUAGGCAGCUGUCGAACCCAGCCCCCGCGAACUCGCCAAAGAAGGAAAUCUCGCCCACAUCCAUCUUAAGAAUCUCCAACACGGCAACAUUCCCCAUCCAGACCAACGCCAGCCCGGAAUCCCCCCCUGUUGCCGGAAACCACGGUCCGCAAGGGACCGAGCCUAUCAACCAAAACCCGGAGGAGACGAUUGAGGGCCAGUUUGGCCUGGUCAAGCACAGGCUCUUGAAUGAUAGGAGGAGAGUCCUCACACUAGACACGGCCGGCGAUGUUCUCAUGUGGGAUCUUAUCAAGUGCCAACCGAUCCAAAAGUUUGCCAAGAGGCACCUUGAGGAUGUUGAGCCAGAAGUGAACACCAUCGAGGCAGUCGCCCCUUGGUGCUCCAUUGAUAUCAGCUCCGGAAGUUUGACUGUAGUCCUGGAGCCGUUCAACUGUUUCGAUGCCGAGAUGUAUGCAGACGAUCUCGAGUUGGAAGAGCCAGUAGAGUUUCGCGAAGACCAGAGAAUCAACCUCGGGAAAUGGGUCCUCCGCUACCUGUUUGCCGGCUUGAUCGACGAAGAAAUUAAGAGGGAUGAGGCGUAUCGUCAGACGCUCAACGAGUCGGUGGAACGGAGGUUGGCGGCAAGCCGCUCGAACCCUCCAGUUGCGAUAAAUAUACCCCAAGGCGGCGUCGUGGACGACGACUCGGUAACUACCCCUCGCGCCAACGGCUCCCACUUCCCCUCGACGCCCGGUAUGGCCAUCGGGCUGGCAACUCCGGGCCCUGGCAAGCUUCAUGACGUUCCGGAAGGGGUGGCUACGCCAUCCAGCCCGCUCGACAACAAGUCGUCUCAGUUCAGCCGGCCUUCGAGCGAGAAGGAAGACUACUUCACCAGCGCCAUAGGGCCUAUCGAGGGUGCUUCGAAACCUACAGCUGCGCCGGCGACACCCGCCGAGCAGACGUCCACUGCCGACUCCAAGCCUAAUGGAGACACGGGCAAAGACAAGGAAAAGGAGAAGGAUAAGGAUGCCACCAACGGAAAGUCGCCUAGCACACCUUUCGGUAAGAAGUUCCGCAUGGGCAUGGGCAUGUCCUUUGGUAGCAAAAAGAUUGGAAGAUCUGCCUCGACGACGGCUCCGGAGAAGCCUGCCGUGGUGGACGAGAAGGCCGAGGAGUCAGAAGCGUCGUCGACGCACGAGAAGGAGGUCGAUGACAGUUUCUUGGGCGCCAUCCAGAAGAUCCGCAACGACUACGACAAGUCCCUGACGGAUAGCCCCGACAAGCUCAUUGAAACCAAGGUCACCCCGAGCUUGGCAAACGAUACGCCUGUGCUCAAGUUGCCACCCGGCACGAAGGUGGUUCUCCAAGAAGAGACGACUGGCGGCAGCGCCAACAUCUAUCAAGGCACCGUGGAGACGAUUGGUCAGGGUGCGGACAUUAUUGAACAGCGCGGUCCCAUGUGGCUGGGCGAAGUUCUGCUCCAAAACCAGAUCCCCUUGAAGGAACCUGUCAAGGUCUCGUUCGUGCUUCAGCCGUGGCAGAACAGCCUGCCUGACAUUGCCACAACAGACGGCAACAACCGUCUCAAUGCCAAUAGGAUGUUGCGCGUGAAGAAGAUACUGGCAUACGUGGCCGAAAGAAUCGACCCCCAGCCCGAAAAUCCGGAGCCAGGUGCGCUCCUACCUCACGAGUACUUGGAACUGUACUGUAACGAUAUGCUCCUACCAAUCACCAUGACCCUUGCAACGCUGCGAGCCCACGUAUGGAAGGGCGGCAACGACGUCCAGCUUCACUACAAGGCAAAUGGCCGCAAGGAGAUUCCAAAGCCGCCGAGCCCGGCCCCCGAGCAGCCUCCAGCCGCGGAAUCUGAGACGACGCCUUCGCAAGGCACUGCGACGCCUCCCCAAGCAGCUGCAUAG